AUGACCAGACAAAGAUCAGACAAAGACCAGACAAAGACCAGACAAAGACCAAACAAAGACCAAACAAAGAUCAGACAAAGACCAAACAAAGAUCAGACAAAGACCAGACAAAGAUCAGACAAUGACCAGACAAAGACCAAACAAAGACCAGACAAAGACCAGACAAAGACCAGACAAAGAUCAGACAAAGAUCAGACAAUGACCAGACAAAGACCAAACAAAGAUCAGACAAAGACCAGACAAAGACCAGACAAAGACCAAACAAAGAUCAGACAAAGACCAAACAAAGAUCAGACAAAGACCAGACAAAGAUCAGACAAUGACCAGACAAAGACCAGACAAAGACCAAACAAAGAUCAGACAAAGACCAAACAAAGAUCAGACAAAGACCAGACAAAGCAAAGACCAGACAAAGACCAGACAAAGACCAAACAAAGAUCAGACAAUGACCAGACAAAGAUCAGACAAAGACCAGACAAAGACCAGACAAAGACCAAACAAAGAUCAGACAAAGACCAAACAAAGAUCAGACAAAGACCAGACAAAGACCAGACAAAGACCAAACAAAGAUCAGACAAAGACCAAACAAAGAUCAGACAAAGACCAGACAAAGAUCAGACAAAGACCAGACAAAGACCAGACAAAGACCAAACAAAGAUCAGACAAAGACCAAACAAAGAUCAGACAAAGACCAGACAAAGAUCAGACAAUGACCAGACAAAGACCAAACAAAGACCAGACAAAGACCAGACAAAGACCAGACAAAGACCAAACAAAGAUCAGACAAUGACCAGACAAAGACCAAACAAAGAUCAGACAAAGAUCAGACAAUGA